UCAAAUGGACUAAAUGAGUCGUUCGAUUCAAAGAACCAAGUUACUGAAAUGAUCCGAUCUUCCCAUUACCACCACGUGACCGCGUGACGCCACGGAGGAAAACGGAAGAGGAUAUCGUGCUGCUGGAGGUUCCUCUGAAGAAGAACAUCAUGCAGAGUACGACCAACUACCUGUGGCUGAUCUCAGACCUGCUGGGUCAGGGGGCCACGGCUAACGUGUACCGCGGCAGACACAAGAAAACAGGUGACCUCUACGCCGUCAAGGUCUUCAACAACCUCAGCUUCCUGCGGCCUCUGGACGUCCAGAUGAGGGAGUUCGAGGUGCUGAAGAAACUCAACCACAAGAACAUAGUCAAGCUCUUCGCUGUGGAGGAGGAGUCAAACACACGCCACAAGGUCUUGGUUAUGGAAUACUGUCCGUAUGGGAGUCUCUACACGGUCCUGGAGGAACCAUCAAAUGCUUACGGCCUCCCUGAAGACGAGUUCCUCAUCGUUCUUCAGGAUGUCGUGGCUGGAAUGAACCACUUGAGGGAGUACGGUAUAGUCCACCGGGACAUCAAGCCAGGGAACAUCAUGCGGGUCAUUGGGGAAGACGGACGCUCCGUAUACAAACUCACAGAUUUCGGAGCAGCGAGAGAGCUGGAAGACGAUGAGCAGUUUGUGUCGUUGUAUGGGACGGAGGAGUACCUGCAUCCAGAUAUGUAUGAGCGAGCCGUGUUGAGAAAAGACCACCAAAAGAAGUACGGCGCCACGGUGGACCUGUGGAGCAUCGGGGUCACAUUCUACCACGCAGCUACCGGCAGCCUGCCCUUCCGACCUUUCGAGGGACCUCGGAGGAACAAGGAAGUUAUGUAUAAGAUCAUAACCGAGAAACCUUCAGGUACCAUCUCCGGACAGCAGAAGUUUGAGAACGGCAAGAUCGAGUGGAGCACGGAGAUGCCGGUGUCCUGCAGCCUUUCGAAAGGCCUCCAGAGUCUCCUGACUCCAGUUCUGGCCAACAUCCUAGAGGCAGACCAGGAGAAGUGCUGGGGAUUCGACCAGUUCUUCGCCGAGACCAGCGACAUCCUGCACCGCAUGGUGGUUUACGUCUUUAGCCUGCAGCAGGCCACGCUGCACCACAUCUACAUCCACACGUACAACACAGCCACACUGUUUCAGGAUCUCCUCUUCAGACGCACCAACAUCAGCCCUCCCAACCAGGAGCUCCUGUACGAGGGCCGACACCUGGUUCUGGACCCCAACAGACAGGCGCAGAGCUUUCCGCUCACCAGCAGGGACAAUCCCAUCAUGCUCCUCAGCAGGGAACUCGUCAAUACCGUCGGCCUCAUCUUCGAAGACCCGAGUCCUCCUAAAGUGCAGCCGCGCUACGAUUUGGACUUGGACGCCAGCUACGCUAAGACGUUUGCCGGUGACGUGGGCCACCUUUGGAAAACCUCAGAGUCAUUACUGGUGUAUCAGGAGUUGGUGAGGAAAGGAGUGAGAGGUCUCAUAGAGUUGAUGAAAGAGGACUUCAACGAGGCGGCGCAUAAGAAAUCCGAAGUUUUCCACAUGUGUAACCACUGCAAUCAAACCCUGGAGAAAACCGAACAGCUAUGUGCAGCAUUAAUGCAGGGAAAUGUGUUAUCCACGGAUUAUGAUGAAAUCUCCGACUUGCACAAGAAAGUGAUGAGAAUGUCCAACUCGCUGAGCUCCAUGGACCAGACCAUGCAGGACCUAAAAAGCAAAUUCCUUCCUGGCGGAAUGCUGACGGACGCAUGGACACAACAAGUGGGAACACACCCUGAGGACAGAAAUGUGGAGAAAAUCAAAGUUCUUCUCGACGCCAUUACAGCCAUCUAUCAACAGUUCAAGAAGGACAAAGCUGAACGACGUCUCCCUUACAAUGAAGAACAGAUCCACAAAUUCGACAAGCAGAAGCUGGUGUUUCACGCCACUAAAGCGCGUGCCCUGUUCACCGACGAGUGCGCCAUGAAGUACCGCCUCUUCAUCUCCAAGAGCGAGGAGUGGAUGAGGAAGGUGCAUCAGGUUAGGAAGCAGCUUCUGUCACUGAACAACCAAGUUCUCAACAUGGAACAGGAAGUGACCAUGACCAUCCAGCACGUCUACAAGAUUCAGGAACAGCUCCCACAGAAGAUCAUGCCCAUUACAUCGGGCGGCAUCAAACCCCAGGCCUACCUCAGCCAAAGCACGCUCGUGGAAAUGACAGCGGGGAUGAAGAAAUUGAAAGAGGAAAUGGAAGGAGUCGUCAAGGAGCUGGCGGAAAACAACCUGUUCUUGGAAAGGUUUGGCACUCUGACAGUAGACGUUGGACUGAGAAACGUGGACCGAAUCUGAAAUCACAUCACAACCUUCCUCUUUCUUCGACAGGAUCUGGCCAAAUAUAUAUUUCUGUACAUACGCUCGUGUAAAUACCGGCCCGCGUCUAGACAGAUUUUAUUUCCCCAUCUUUCCCUUUGUUUUUUUUGUUUUGUUUUUAAAUAAGUUAAAUAUGCUCAAAGGCCUGCAUUUCUUUUUCACAUCUUUCACCUCUGUCCUGUAUCCGAUUCUCUUUUCUCUCCGUUUCCUGCACUUUGUUUUUUCUAAAAACUUACGACCUUCUGAUAAUCCGAGUGUAACAUAUACUGUGCUGCUCGUGCGCAACAUUAAAGACCGCAAACCUGCGAUUACCAUAA